UUGUGUGUUUGCUGUCCAGAAACCUUUUCCUUUUGGAUUGAUUAAGAGCACGUUGGGCCUUGACUUGUUCACCCAUCGCGAAAAGAGGGCGUGUUUCCCUCAAUGACACGGAACUGAGGAUUGUUUGCGAUCAUCUGGUAUCAUCUUGAAGCUUAUAAGGUAUCAUGGGUAAAUUUCGCGUACGCUCCAAGAGCGCCAAGAAAGGACAACGUUGGGCUCGCGGUCAAAGUGGUCAAUCUAAUCCGGUCAAACAUCGACAUCGUGAUGCGGCUAAAUCGCGAUCGUGGGGUGGAACCUCAGCGUCGGGCCGUUCCGCCGCCAAUGACUCGCCGUGGGCGGCCGGACCGGGCAAAUUGACGGCCGAGUCGUUGCUCAAACACGACGCGCUCUCGGGCGAUGCGGUCAUGAGCUCGAUGCCCAUCGAUGAUGAUGAUGCAGUUUCCUUGGGCCAAACGGCCAAGACUUUCGAGACCUUCGCCUCGGAUUGGACCCAGUGCUCGCAUCAAAGCUUUCAUCGACUCAUGCGACGAUUCAACGCCAACAAUCCUCAGCACAAGGAAAUGUUGGCCAUUUUAGCCGCUAUCACCGAGCUCAUCAAGGAAAAAGGCGGAGAGGAAAGCUCCACCGAAUACUUUGCCGCAUUACUCGCCACGCUUGAAAGUACGGACACGCUCGAGGCACUAUCCGCCGUUCUGACUCUGGUGUCCAUGGUGAUCAAAACCGUACCCGCAGAGGUGCUCCAAGCGAAGUUUGGUGUGGUAUCUAAGCUCUUGCUGGACCUUUUGGCCCAACAAUCCGAAGCCGGUCAAUCCACCUCGGUUGUUCGGGCCUUGAUUGGAUGCUUAUCCGUGCUUUUGCGCGCUCAAAGUCUAUUUACCUGGAAACAGAGCUCCACUCAUCAGGUGUAUCAUUCGGUGAUGGCCUUCAUCACCCAUCCUAAACCUAAGGUGCGAAAGGCCGGUCAGCGGGCCAUCACCUCGAUUUUGCGUGGCAGUUGGAUCAUGACUCAAACUAAUGCUCCUUCGUUCCAUCCCAUGAUCGGGGCCACCAUGAAAGAAUGCCAGUCCAAUCUGAACUUAAACACCGAAAUCAAAUCCGUGAUGUACACGCUCGCCCUCAUGAAGGAGAUCAUCGGCGUGGCUCCCCAAAGCCAAGUUAAGGCUAGUUGCGAUCUGGUCUUGUCCCUAUUGCAAUCUAAGGCUCAUCCUAACAUUAACACCUGUGGUAUGCAAAUGCUUUACGGGCUUUUUGAGACCCGUCCCAAUCCUUCGGUCCUAUCCUCCGACUUGAACGCUCGGUUGGUCACGGCCAUCUAUGACUUCAAGCCCUCAGUGAACGACGCCCAACCCUUCAUCUCGUGGCUGACUGUUCUACAAGAGGGUCUCCUCAAUCUGAAUCAACUGGAUCCCAAUCUGUGUUGGGCUCACCUACCCAAAUUUUACACCGAGGCUAAGAAAGGCUGGGAAGCGGAUCUGAAACACGUUAAUGUGGCUGCUACCACCGCCAUGAAAGCCAUUGCCAUUGAGUGCAUCAAACCACAGGCUGCGGUCAUGGCCACCCAAGCUAAUAUGACUGAGGUGUUCGUUAAGAUUUUCGCUCAAAUCAAGGAUGGUUUUAGCUACCAAUAUCAUGCCAGUUAUUCCCAGGUUCUGCAUUUGUUGUCAAUUGUGUUCGAUGUAGCAGGCGAAGAAUUCCCGGCCAUCACGGGCGCCAUUCUUCCUGAAUUGGCUGAAAGACGAAACUCUGAGAAUUUCGCCUUCACAAACGAGCUUGAUUACGUCGUGGGCAAAGCUGUGAGAAAGUUGGGCCCGAAAAUGGUCCUCUCGUUCAUAGACUUGCAGAUCAAGGGUGAUGAUAACCCCCGAAGCGGGUUUCCUCGGAGUUGGCUUCUGGUCGUGAUGCGAGGCAACAUUCAAAACACAGAGUUGGGAUUUUUCAUUGACUAUUUUUACCCGUUGGCCGAAAAAUGUCGACUCCGCUCUCAUCGUUGCUUAAACCAAGACGACCGAUUUGGUCAUAAGAUCUUCCAAAUGCUGGAGUUGCAGAUGUGGGAUCUUCUCCCGGGAUUCUGCAAUGGAGCCAGGGAUCUCGAGGAGAGCUUCAAAGUUAUCGCCCGAGUUCUGGGAGAGCAGCUCAAGGUCAGAAAAGAGUUGCGCAUGAAUAUCAUGGCCUCACUUCGACAAAUCAUCCUGAAGACCGCUGACAAGGAGGAGGAUCGUCUAACCAUAGCUCGAUAUGCCAAGAAUUACUUGCCUAUUCUGUGCAACAUCUACACCACGCCAUCGGUGGGCUCAGAAGAAGCUGACCAACGAUUAGCUACUUUCGAAACCAUCAAGCAAUUCCUUCGGAUUGCUCCGUCCGACCUGAUUUACUCCAUGUUUGAUAGCACCUUCGAGUUGUACCAGAGUGAAAGCGGAUUCAUGAGAGAGGCCACCUUGGAUUUGUUGAGAGCCGAGCUGUGCUAUCAAGAUAUUCCCCGUAUUCAAAAGCUCUUUGACGCUGUUGUUGGCAAUUUGGCGAGUACCGAUCACACCCAACAAAAGAAGGCGUAUCGUGUUUUAGAGGAGAUCUGUGGCUCCAGCAGUGAGUCCUGUUCAGAGUUCAUCUCGCUUAAUUUGGAAAGCAUCCAAGCGGUGUUCCUUAAAUCUCUUUCCAAUGCCAGUCCAACGAGUCGAGCCUCUCGUCUCUCCAGUUUGACACACAUUGCCCGCAAAUUGAAAGUGGAGCAAAUCCCGUUUCUUUACCAAGUGAUUCCUGAGUGCGUUCUCUGCAUCAAAGCUACCAACGAGAAAGCCAGAGCCAAUGCCUUCAACUUAAUCUUGGUUAUCGCCGAGAUUUUGCUACGCCUCAAAUCUGAAGGGAGCGAUGUGGUAAUCAGAGAGUAUAUGGAGGUUCUAGUGGCCGGCUUAGCUGGAUCGGCAUCCUUGAUUCAUUGCACCAUGUUGGCUAUCUCUCGAGUGUUUUAUGAAUUCAAAGACAUGUUCCCGGAGAGUGUGGCUGAUUGGUUGGCCGAAAAAGUGUGCCUACUUCUUACCAACAGAGAGCGUGAGGUGGUUGGUUCGGCUUUAAGUUUCCUUCAAGUGUUUGUUCAAGUCAACCCUGUGGCUCAAACCACGAAACAUGUGCCUCAGAUCAUCACCUCUCUGAUUACGAUGACCGAAGAUUGCAAGCGAUGCUACCGAUUGAAGACCAGAUACCUUCUGGAUAGGAUUGUGCGCAAGUUUGGUUACGAUUUCGUCCUUAGUAUGGUCCCUAAAGAUGAUGUCCUCACUCUGAAUCGAUUAAAGAACAUAAGAAAGAAACAGAUGCAGCAGAAACGACGAAAGGAUGGUGCAGAACCCGGAGAGAGCGAUGAUGACGACGACGAUCUAGAAUUCAACAUCAAAUCUAAAUCCAAGACCAUGGAAGAUAUUCUCCAAGAUUCGGAUUCAGAUUUGGAAGACACCAUGGACACGGAUUCUGAGGCGAGAAGUGCUAAGAGGAAUAAGAAGAAGAAGACCAAAGGUGCCAGUGUGGCUUUUAUCACCGACAAUGACGAAGGUAUCGUGGACUUCUUAGACCCGUCUGCAGCUCAAAAGGUGUCGUCCGUCCGCCCCAAAACGAACGCUGAGCGAGACUAGGCGUCUCAAAGCAAGGCCAAGAACGGAGGAUUCGAAAUCGGUUCAGAUGGUCGUCUCAUCAUCAAAGAUUCCGAGGACGAAGACGGAGACGAAGAUCAGGAGAACAGAGACCGAUUCACGUACCUUUCGGACGAUGAAAACGAGCAGGAUAGCAAUACAUUCAAGGCAUUGGUCUCCUCUUCAGCCGCUCGCAAGC